AUGGGCGACCCUUGGAAAGACACCAUUCGUGACAUGGCAAAAUGGCUAAUGAAAGACCACCCCUUCAUGUUUGCUCAUAUACAAGGCCAACCAGCAAUCGCAAAGGCAAUCAAAGUUCCUCUGUUUCUCCAAGAUUCUUUCUGCAGAUCGAAUUCAAAUGCGGAAAUCAUCCAUAUCACAAAUGCGACAAAGAAAGAUCAAGUUUUCAAGGAGCGAGAGAAGUUGAGGGCCAACAUGCGUCUCACCACACAAACCGCAAAGAGCAUCAGAACCAUGGACUAUAUCGAAGCAACGAAUAUGCUAAAGAUUGCUCGUCGGGAGAAUGGCUGGCACCUGCCAGAUAUUGGCAAGAAUGCUUGUGCUGUUGUUGUCAUCAUCGAAGCAGACCCUGAUUACUCUGCCGAGUACGCUCUCGCUCUGAUAGCCUGGACUACCAUGAUAAAAAGACACAGUACAUCCAGUGGCCGUAUGCGCUUGAUGAAAAUGUCAUGGGAAGGCGUCCACAACAUGACAAAAGCAAUCUGGAACUAUUGGCCCGCGGCCAAGGAACCCCUUCGAGAAUACGUGCUGCCGUCUAUCGCGCGAGGCGGGGGACGAGUCAUCUCAAACUCAAAGACCAAAAGUGCAACAUCAGAAAUGAUGAAUUGGGUCAAAAAGGUUGCCCCAAAUGGCACCCAUACUUGUAUCAGCUUCCGAAGACCGACAAGCCUUGAUGAAUCCUGGGAUCCGUGUUACCAACACCACCAACAGGAUCUAGACUCCGCAAUAAAACCCCGACGAACACUUUUCAUCAACAUGGACUUCAAGACUGCUGAAAGGAUCCCAGACGCAGGCAGGCCUCACCUCCUUACGAGCACCACCCGUCGCCGGCUGAUCUUCGACCUCGAGACACGACAGCCCAUCACCGUCACCACAGAAUGCUCAAGCUCCGAGGAGAAGCAACAGAUGAGUUGGGUGCAUCGCUUCAGCGGAGAGAGCACAAACGUAUACACACAGCCAGGAUUCUGCCACGGGGCUAAAAGUCGUCGACGCAUGAGAUUCGCGGAUGAGCAGCUUGGGGGCUUUUUGGCUGCUUUGAGCGAGUUGGACAAAUGGCCUCUCGGUAUUUCCAAUGUUAUGCGUCUUUUCGAUCACAGGGGAGAAGAAUCCCAAGUCGCUAUCGAUAUCGGGCAACGACUCAUUCGGCAAGGGAUCCUUCAAAAAAAUUCCAAGUCGACCACAGGGCUGUCACUGGCUCUCCCUAAUGAAUCCCACCAGGCUUUCUACAACAUUCUCCCCCUUGUCGAAUACGAUCAUCGCCUCGCGCUGUUUCUGAGCCUCAAGUCUAAGAACCUCAUGGUUAAUAAAGCUAAAGCGCAAAUGGCUGCGAUAAUCUCAGGGAGUAACACGAACUGCUUUAAAUUUACCUAUAAAAUAGCCCCUGAGGUCCAUGAAACCAACAACGCAGCCCGGAUUGGUCUCUUGGAGCAUGUCGCACAUACCGGUACUGUCAUGAAGGGCCUUGGACUCAUAAAGACUGCGAUAAGCGCCUCGCGCUUUUCUAUGCUCUUACCAGAGAUCUAUAUCGUCGAUAAGCAGGUUAGUGUCUACAUGGAUGAAGUAAAGCACGUCAUGGAAAGGUGCAGAUUGCUACUCCAAGUCCUCAGCACGUGCGGUUACAACGUUGAUGAAGCUAUGCCUUUUACCCAGGAAGAACCAGAGUCUAUCGAAUUCGAUGAUUUCAUGGAAGCAUGGGCACAUUUCCUGAGAGCAUAUACCUACCAAAUUGCCCUUGUCACAGUCACCAAGCACGGCGAAGUGUUUAUAAAGGACCUUGUUUCUCAAACCCGCCUCGAAGCAAGUUUCGAGGUACAGCACUGUUUCGAAUGGGAGACCAUCCCGAAGGACAAGUGGGACUACGCCGUGGGUAUCUAUACUAGAGCUAGCCGUGAGCGAGGGAGGACUACGAUCAAAGACUGGAAUUGGAUCCCGCCCGAGGUUUGGGACCGCUGGGGUGCGGAGUUGCCUGGGGGUGUUGAAGGGUUGCGAACCAAGUUCAAGUUGGCUAAGAAUCACGAUGAGGUUGAUAAUGAAUGA